CACAGAGUAUAGUAAUACUUACAGGUACCUAUUGUGCCUGUUAUGAUACGUACAUACCUACGAUGAUUAGCUUAAAUUGUAGGAAAGAUCGAAGAACAUAACAUAAUAAUAUUUCGUGAAUAUUAUUUUUGUUGCAAGUCACGUGUUUUUAACUUUUUCUUUAAUAAUAAUGUCUCAUAGUCAUUGUGAUCAUGACCACAGUCAUGAUAAUUUUGAUGAAAUAGGUAUACAGUACAACCUAUUUGAAAAAAUCGAUAUAGAAAACCUCCAGUGCCUGAAUGAAAGCGUCGAUGGUGCUGGAAAAACUGUGUUUAAGCCUUGGGAUAAAAGAUUAGACCGAACACAGUAUGUUGAAAGUGAUGCAGAUGAAGAAUUACUUUUUAACAUACCAUUUACAGGCAAUAUUAAAAUUAAGGGCUUAAGGAUUUUGUCAGAAGAUUCUGAUUCACAUCCUGCUAAAUUAAGAUUGUUCAAAAAUAAACCUAACAUGACAUUUGAUGAUGUGUCCUUGGAACCUGACCAAGUUUUUGAACUCCAAAAGGAUAGUGAAGGUCUUCUAGAAUACAGUCCAAAAAUUGUUACGUUUUCAUCGGUUUCGCAUUUAACAAUGCAUUUUGCAACAAAUUUUGGUGCUGAAACUACUAAAAUAUACUAUAUUGGUCUUAGAGGAGAAUGGACUCCAGGUCACAAACAUGGUGUCACUAUUUGUACAUAUGAAGCUAGACCAAAUCUUGAAGACCAUAAGUUAAGCCAUUUAGAUUCAGUUAGUAAAGCGAUUCAGUAAAGUGUCACGUAAAUUAUAAUAAACUAUUUUUACACAUAUUUUAAUAUUACUUUGCCCUUGAAAAAAUUUCUGUUUAAGUUUCAUGUAAUUUUUAAGUAAGUUUAUAUACGUCAUAUUUAUAAUAAAUAAUAAUAAUAAUAAA